AUAAACAUCAAGCAUGUCAAAAACGGCCGAAAACGUCAAGGCUCAAAUUCUAGGUUAUCUUGUUAAUUAGUGUCGGUUUUUUGGUGUGGAAUUUGAAACAAGUAAAUUCCGAUCUUAUCUUUUUGAAAUUCGCAGUUUAUAACGGCUCAUUUUCAAACGUUUAUAAUGCAUAUGCGGUGAGCUUGCGUUUUCUAUAACAACAAAAAUGUCGUUCACCAUUUCGAAGAUAACCCCGUUCCCACAAAAUACCCUGCAGUUUAUCCCUCAAAAUGAUUCCAAUGAAGUUGUACAAUCGGCAUGGCCAGUACUGGGGGGCAUAUUAUCUGAAGGAAAAUACGUCUGGCAUGCUAAAGGAUCAUGCUUAGAAGUGAGAAACGGUAAAUCAGGAUUCAAAAUAGGCGCUUGGACAUUUGGAUGUGUCCUCAGAGACUCUAAUACCAAAAUUGUUUGUGUCGAAGAGGUUGAUACGUCAAAUGGGCAUUUACCAUUGCUUGCAGUUGGACUCGAUUGUUCUAUUAGUGGAGGCUCAAUAUGUAUUUUUGAUGCUGGCAGUUCUAGAGUCAUCAGAGCCAUUCAUGUCAAAGAAAGAAUCAGUAAUAUGAAUGUUGUGGAUUCAGCUUUAGAGGUGUUGAAUUUACCAGGAUCUCUUCGAUGUUUUGAUGGAAUUUUAGCUGUAGGAACGUUAGGUGGUGAUAUUUUACUCAUAGACAUCUGCCGGCAGAUUUGUAUGGAUCAAGAGCAAGUUAGGGAUGAAAUUUCUCCAUGUCAAAUUGUAAUCAUUCCUCCACAUAAAGUUGAUAAAGUAGAGAGGUAUAAAGAGCAGUGUAUAAAAGAAGGCAAUCACCUAGCUAUACAUUUGAAUAUUGUGUUGGAUAGUAAAACAGAACAUUUUACUCUGAAAGGUCCCCAGAAUGAAAAUAAACUGUUUGUGAAUAAAGAAGAGGUAUCUGUAAGUAAACUAUACUACUGUUCGCAACUAACUUCACUUCUAGUUGGAUUCAACUUUGGAGCAUUUCAACUUUGGGAUUUAACAACUUUAUCCUUAAUAUAUACAUCUCCAGUGUGUGAAGAUCAUCUACCAAUCACUCAGUUUGCUUUUCUAGAACCUACAGAUGAUCCAAGAGCUUUUUGCUAUGUGUGGGUUGCGUACAGCAACACAGAGCUAUACCAAGGAGGAUUUCCAUUUGCCGUAAUGUAUUCUUUUGCUAUGGUUCUAAAGAACACCAUGAAGGGUAUGGAUAUCUGUAUCAAGAUUUUCAGUUUUGUACUGUUCGGUUCCAAAUAG